AUGACCGGACUAGAGGCUGCCUUAGCAUCUGGACUGCUGAAAGUCGUAGGCAGCAAGUUAGCUCCACUGAUUGCCAGUGAAUUUGCCUCCAUAAUGGGUGUAACAAAAGACAUCUCUGAGCUGCAAGAUAUACUUGUGGAGAUUACAAGCUGGCUGUUCAUAGUUCGUGAUACAAUAGAGAGUGAGCCAUCCUGUCAAUGGAUUUUAAAUGUUGCUUAUGAUAUCGAUGAUUUACUAAAUGAAGUCUUGAUAGAGGCCGAGAAACACAAGAUGGGCAUCAACGGUGAUAACUGUUCUAUAGCUGAUUAUUUCUGUGCAAAACCAAAGUCAUUUCUAUUCCGACGCAAGGUGGCUCAUAAGAUCAAGGCAAUUAAACAGAGAUUCUCUGAAAUUGUAAAGCAAAGAAGCGAUAUCACUACUAUACUGAAUAAUUUGCCUUCUUAUCAGCAUGUUCCGAGUAAAAAGAGGACAAAUGGGGAGCUGUACUUGUUGAGCAAUGUUGAACAAUCGAGAAUACCCAUAAGGAAUCUGGAGAAGGAUGGCAUCAUAACAAAGCUUAUAGAAUCUAAUGAAGGAGAGAAUGACUGGAUUGUUUCUAUUGUCGGGUUAGGUGGAUCUGGCAAAACUACGCUGGCCAAACAAAUCUGCCAAGAUGACAAGAUAAAGCAGCACUUCAAAUCUACAAUAUUUUGGGUUCAUGUGUCUGAAGAAUUUGAUGUGGAAGAGCUUAUCGGCAAGCUUUUUGAAACUAUCCUUGAGCAAAAAUCAGAUCUCCAUGCCCAACAGCACAUGUCCAUGCAAUUUCAAGCAAAUUGA